AUGAUGUCUGGACAAAGCACGCGACCUUUGAGAGCACUCAAUCUCAACGAUAUAGUUGAUGAAUUAGAGCGAUGUGAGGAUGAUGAUUUGUUGCCAACUCAAAUUACAAUUUUUCCACCUGAGAACGCUAAUGCCGACGUCACAGAUGAGGAUUCUGGAGCUGAAGAAUUUGUUGCAUUGCAAAAUCUACCAGGCUCUCAACUACGAGCUCCAGCCGAGGUCACUUUUCAUAUGAGUUCCGACGAAGAAGAUGAUGUACCUUUGUCAAGUUUGUCAAAAAGAAGACGCACGAUGGAUUUGACUUUAGAAGAUAGUGACGUCGUACCUUCUUGUAGUUCAGAUGUGUCAACUAAUUCUACAUUUGUUCAGCCUACAGUUCCCCGAAACCAAAGCUAUAGAUGGAAGAAUCGUCAUAUUCCAAACCAUUUCAAUCAAUGGAAUGACGAACAAGGACAGAGGAAUAAAGUGGGCAAAGUAACUGUUUCUGAAAUGAAGUGUUUCUUGGGCAUUCUUAUGUACAGCGGGUAUGUAGUAGUACUCCGUAGGUUUAUGUAUUGGGAGACAUCGACAGAUGCCGACUUUAGGAUUGUGCACAACGCUAUGUCAAGAGAUCGUUUUACUUUUAUUAUUUCAAAUCUCUACUGCUGUGAUAAUACAGUUCUUGGUGAUUCUCCUGACAAAUUCGCUAAGUUGAGACCUCUGUUUGACGAGUUAAAUAAAAUCUUUACUGAAAUGGCUCCGCUAGAAGAGAACUACAGUAUAGAUGAGGCUAUGGUUCCAUACUAUGGACGUCACAGUUGCAAACAGUUUAUACGUGGCAAACCAAUUCGUUGGGGAUAUAAACUGUGGGUUGGUGCUACAAGAUUAGGCUACGUGAUUUGGUUUGAUCCUUACCAGGGAAAAUCUUCAACCAUUGCAGAAGGUUACAAACAGUUUGGUCUAGGAGGGAGUGUGAUUUUGGAGUUUGCUGAUGUUCUACAAGGUCGUGAUCCAACAUUGCGAUUUCAUUUAUUCUUCGACAAUUAUUUUUCCUCUAUUCCUCUACUGCAUGAACUUAGUAAUAGAGGUCUGAGAGCCACUGAACUAUUCGUGAAAACAGAACGUCCAAGUGUCCUCUCGAGUCUAACAAAGAUUUCAAAAAUACUGAUAGAGGUUCAUUUGAAUUCAAAUCCAGUUUGCCUACCAAUAUUUUGGUUUGCAAGUGGAAUGACAAUAGUGUCGUUACUGUUGCCUAGAAUACUGAAACUGUGGAGCCCCUGCAAAAAGUCAAGAGAUUUUCGCAAGAACUAA